UUUAUUAUUCACAUGUGAAAACACAAAUGAAUUUGAGCAAUCAAAUCACUUCUUAGUUGAAAGUUUUUGGAGUGCUCCAGGCAUUGUCCUCUAUAGAGGUAUUUAUAAUCUCUUGGUACCAAUAGUUUUUGCUUCAGUAAUUCACCAGUAGGUUUUCAUCCAUUAAUGGUGAUAAUUUAAGGCUAAAACACAGUUUUUUAGGACGUACCAUUUUAUAUAGAAAGAGGUAACAUCCAUAAGAGUUUUUUCUUUUGUUUUUUCCCAGAGCUUCUAAGCAAAAAAUUGUAACAUCUAUAUUUUAUUAUUAGAGCUAAUUACCUUUCUUUUUCUUAGAUUCUUUAAAGUUUUGAGUAGAUACCAUAUUUGAUAAGCAGGUUGGAUGCUUCUGUUGCUUAGGAGGUAUUUUGUUUUAUAUGAAGACAGAAUAAAUGUAAAUUUACCCAGUUUGGCAAUAUAUAGCACAGACCUCAUAAAAACUUGGAGCUGUGGAACCUUUGGAGGCAUUAGAAAGUUAACAUUUCAUUUAGGCUAUGUGCCUUUGUUUGACUGGUGUGUAAGUCCUUCUUCCAGGUUUGUACGCUCUUAAACGCGUUAUUCUACCCUCUCUAACUCCUCCCAGCAGCAAAAGGGAGACACUUCAGCUGGAACAAAAUAGUGGAAGAAAUGGCGUCUGGGGUUCAGUGGGGAUUCGCAGUGUGAGACACUACCCGUCAGCGAAUCAAAUUCAGUGACGACAGAGUAUGCAAGAGCCACCUUCUCAACUGUUGCCCCCAUGAUGUCCUUUCUGGAACUAGAAUGGAUCUUGGAGAAUGUCUGAAAGUUCAUGACCUGGCUUUAAGAGCAGAUUAUGAAAUUGCCUCCAAAGAGCAGGAUUUUUUCUUUGAACUUGAUGCCAUGGAUCAUCUGCAGUCAUUUAUUGCAGAUUGUGAUCGAAGAACAGAAGUGGCUAAGAAAAGAUUAGCAGAAACUCAAGAAGAGAUUAGUGCUGAGGUGGCUGCAAAGGCAGAACGUGUUCAUGAGUUAAAUGAAGAAAUUGGUAAAUUAUUAGCCAAAGUGGAACAGCUAGGAGCUGAAGGGAAUGUGGAAGAAUCCCAGAAAGUAAUGGAUGAAGUAGAGAAAGCACGGGCAAAGAAAAGAGAAGCAGAGGAAGUGUAUCGAAAUUCUAUGCCAGCUUCCAGUUUCCAACAGCAGAAGCUUCGAGUCUGUGAAGUCUGCUCUGCCUAUUUAGGUCUUCAUGAUAAUGACAGGAGACUGGCUGAUCAUUUUGGGGGUAAACUGCACCUGGGAUUUAUUGAAAUAAGAGAGAAGCUUGAAGAAUUAAAGAGAGUUGUAGCUGAAAAGCAGGAGAAAAGAAACCAGGAGCGCCUGAAACGAAGAGAAGAAAGGGAGAGAGAAGAAAGGGAGAAGCUGAGGAGGUCCCGAUCACAUAGCAAGAAUCCUAAAAGAUCGAGGUCCAGAGAGCAUCGCAGACACCGAUCUCGCUCAAUGUCUCGAGAACGCAAGAGGAGGACUCGAUCCAAGUCUCGGGAGAAACGCCAUCGCCACAGGUCCCGCUCCAGCAGCCGUAGCCGAAGCCGCAGCCAUCAACGAAGUCGACACAGUUCUAGAGAUAGGAGCAGAGAGCGGUCCAAGAGGAGAUCCUCAAAAGAAAGAUUCAGAGACCAAGACUUAGCAUCACGUGACAGAGACAGGAGUUCAAGAGACAGAUCACCUCGUGACCGAGACCGAAAAGAUAAGAAGCGGUCCUAUGAGAGUGCUAAUGGCAGAUCAGAAGACAGGAGGAGCUCUGAAGAGCGCGAAGCAGGGGAGAUCUAAUUAGCUGUGUACAUCCCUUCAAUCCUUAAGCUUCCUAUGGAGUCACAUACUAUUGUUUAGUUUACAGCUGUUCAGGGUAACAGUGAGCAGUUCUAGACACCAAGAUUCAGCCAGGCUAGAUGUACAGUAUCUAACUUGAUCUGAACUGAACCUGUUUUCCUUGAUAAAGCCUAAAACUACAUCCAUAGUUUCUGGUGAAUCUGUAAUACAGUUCUGAAAGUACGGUUUUAUAUAAUAAGACACUGAUCUCUUUAUUCUUUCAAGUAGGAGUGAUAGUGAAUGAAUUGUUACAUGCCUUGGGAAUUUUUGAACAUUUGUAAAAUGCUGUCUUCCUUUCUACUCCAAACAGCAGCAGCUUUGGGAAUUUUUCUUUUUAAUUCUUCCUAUGACUUUUGUAUCCCCUAAUACCUGUACUCUCCAACUAUAAGAAGGGGGUCAGGGAAGCAAUAUAUCUUCUGUUCCAAGGUUCUAUUCCCAUUAUUAAUUACUAGCUUAUUACAAUUCAGAACAUUUAUACUGGAAUGUGUAUGCUAGAGAAAUUGAAAAGACUGGGUUUUUUUUUGUUUGAUGGUGCCUACUUAGAAUUGGAAAUUGAACAGCUGUUGCAUUACAUACUUUUGCUUUUUUAUUGAAAUUUUAAAAUCAGACUUGUCUUGAUUUUUCUGUUCCAUUGAAUUGCUAUAUGUUCAGGAUGUUCUGAGGGGGUGGGGGCAGGGACUCUUUCAUAAUAAGCACUUGUUUUAUUUUGUGUGUGUGGAGUAUAAAAACUACAUCCUUAUUGUAAAAAAUAAUAAUAAAAUGAAAGAAACGAUCACCACCACCAUCAAACUGUAACUUGUCUAGUAAAUUGUCACUAGAACUAUCUGCUGUGGGUAUUUCCUGUAUUCUGUUACAUGCUUAACAGCGCCUUACUAUGCAAGGCACCAAAGGAAGUAAAUAGACUUGAAAAGAGUCCAGAUGAACUAUUGUUCUACCUGGGACUCUUGCUGACUGACUGCUUUCAAGCUAGCUUCAGGGCUGUCUGUAAUAUCCUCCAUAGGGAAGGAGUGGACCUAGGGAAGCAUUUGUGGGGUUUCUUUUUUUGGGUGGGGGGUUCACAGUACUGGGGAUGGAACUCAGGACCUUGUGCUUGUAAG